GUAAGCGUGAAGCGGUUUCUCAGAUAUAACACAAACCACGCGAGCACGUUGUUAAGGAAAUGACCGUGUAAUGUGCGAGUGGACACGCAUGUAAUGUAGAUCAUAUUGAAUGUCACGUGAAUACACGCUUCAGUUGUGUUGUUUAUAUGUGUUUUUAAUGUCUGUGUGGCGUAAACUAUGUUCAGAGUUUGUCGUGGAUGGUGUAGAUUCUGUGUUUUUAACGAGAGAGACGACAAUCGUUAAGCACUUUAAAACUUUUAACGUAACAGUUACACUUCUAAAGUUCAAUGCUAACGUUACCCUCAGCCAUAUCAGGAGAAAUAAGGGAGUCCGAUUUCGGUACGACGCCGAAAAACAAGCACAUGCUUCCGUUAUGAAAAACAUGUAGCUUUCGUGCUUAGGAAAAGGGGGAAGUGCUGGAUUUGUUUUAUUGUUCAAACGAUAAUAUUAACAAACAGACGAAAGUCAAGUGCAGUAACUUUAUCUGGUUUUGUGCUUGUAAAUAAUGCGGGAGAACUCGGUUUGAUCUGAUUUAUGCUUGUAAAUAGUGCGAAAAAAUCGGAUCCGUUUAUCGUUUACUGUCGCCGCUGCUACAAUGGAAACCAUAGAAACCUGUUUACUGACACAUCUGAGGAAAAUACUACUCGAUAUCGUCCUGGAAAAACAGUUGCAUCCUUCAUCAAAUACCUCGUCCUAAUAAACAACUGGGUGGUUUUAUCGUAAUGCAACGUUAUCCUCUUAAAUGUUCAUGCUCUCGCGCACCGCUGGAUGGAGACACGCGCUGUAACGUCAGUUGUGACGCCAUCACGCUGCUUGCCGCAGCAGGUGUCUCAGAGACAGACAUCAUGUUGGAGGAGUCAGUGGCGUGUUUUCAGGCUCCGGGUCCCACUGUCACCUUCCAGCAUCUCACAUACUGCGUGCGGGAGCGGGAGGGAAUCUUCAGCAGGAAGUGGGUGGAAAAGCAGGUCCUCAAAGAUGUCAGUGGUAUCCUGAACCCUGGAAUGAACGCUAUAAUGGGUCCUACUGGAAGUGGAAAGACAUCACUUCUAGAUGUCAUCGCAGGACGGAAGGAUCCAAAGGGCUUAAAAUCAGGUCGAGUUCUGGUUGACAACAACGUUGUGACCUCUGACCUCAGGCUCUGUUUUGCCUAUGUUGUUCAGAAUGACAUUCUGACGGGCACUCUGACCGUAAGGGAGAACCUGGCUUUCUCCGCCAAUCUCCGUCUGUCAAUGAAAGAGUAUUCCUCAUCGGAUAAAGAGAUGAGGGUCGACUCCGUCAUACAGGAGCUCGGCCUGAAAGACUGCGCAGACACUAAGAUUGGGACGGAGUAUCUGCGUGGCGUUUCUGGUGGAGAGAAGAAGCGAUGCAGCAUCGGUAUGGAGCUCAUCACCUUCCCCUCUCUUCUGUUCCUGGAUGAGCCCACCACAGGUCUGGAUGCCAACACUGCCAACUCCAUCAUGGAACUGCUGCAGAAGCUCUCCAAAAGGGGCAAGACCGUCAUCUUCUCCAUUCACCAGCCACGCUACUCCAUCUUCAGGCAGUUUGAUCACCUCGCACUCAUGAACAAAGGAGAAAUCAUCUACGCUGGGUCUGCAGACAAAGCCAUCGGCUACUUUGAAGACUUGGGUUACAAGUGCGAGCCGUUCAACAACCCAGCAGACUUCUUCCUGGAUGUUAUAAAUGGAACCAUCCCGCCUCAAAAUCACACCAAUCACACAGAGAAGUUCAGCAGCAGCGAUGUGACAGAGGAACAUGAGAAUCAUCUCUCUGUGAUGUACAGACAGUCUCCUUAUUUCAUUAAAGUGAAAGACCAGCUUACACAGAUGUCGGAUGACAUGGAUCCUGAGGUCACGACGGGUACCAGGGCCUGUUACGCUACACCUUUCUACUAUCAGCUUAUGUUAGUCAGCGGCAGAACUGUAAGAAACAUCUUGAGGAAUCCACAGACUUCCUAUGCACAACUGUUCCUCAACAUUUUCUUUGGUAUUUUGGUGGGACUGAUCUACUACCAGAUUCCACACACGUUACCCGAGGCGCUUCAGAACAGAACAGGAGCGUUCUUCUUUCUGGUCAUCAACAUGGUGUUUGGCAAUCUGUCUGCGGUCGAGCUGUUUAUCAGUGAGAGAGUUCUCUUCAUUCAUGAAAACUCGAGCGGAUACUACCGCACAUCUGUGUACUUCCUGUCUAAGGUGUUCGCUGACCUCCUUCCAAACCGCAUCCUUCCUGUAUUCAUUUUCUCUGCCAUCCCGUACUUCAUGAUGGGUCUGAAGGCGGAUGUGGAGGCGUUCUUUCUGUACUGUCUCACUAUGAGUCUGAUCAGUCUGUCAGCCGUGAGUCUGGCCUUUCUGGUCAGUGCCAGCGUGGGCUCCUUCGCCAUGGCUAACAUCCUCAUUGCUAUUCCAUUUGUCUUUAUGAUGGUGUUUGGCGGUUUCCUAGUCAAUCUGAAUUCAAUGUUGAGCUGGAUGUCAUGGCUAAAGUGGGCCAGUAUGUUCCGAUAUGGCUACAAUGCACUUGCUGUCAAUGAGCUAAAGGAUCAAGUCUUCACCAGUAACUUUACCAUGAUGACUGGUGAAAUGUACCUUGAUCAUCAGGAGAUUGACUACAGCACAUGGGGUUUCUGGCAGAAUCAGGUAGCUCUGGCAGGCAUCAUGUGCACGUGUUUGAUUCUUGCUUACGUGCAGCUACGGCGGAUCAAUCGCUGGAAGUGACAUUAUGAGCUAUACAGAUAUGCGUCAUGUAUUUACAGUCGCGUGUGCAAUCUGAAUCUUAAACCCUCUACCUCUGAAUCUAUAAUGUGCAAAGUUUGUGGAAUGUUUUUUAAACGUUUCAUUUUUUAUAUAAACUGUAAAGUGAAUACAGAAGCUGAAGAUGCUAAGAUGUUACAUCUAUGUGCUUUUUAUUUGGACUAAUAAAUUUGUUUGUAUAUUUGUGA